AUGAAGGGAAGACUCUCCUGGCUGGACAUAAGAGCCGGUGUGAACGAACUCGAAAAGGUCGUUGGAACACACAUUAAAACAGUGUACAGCACAAGCAAGAAAGCCAUUUUGAUCAAAUUCAGCAACAAAGAGCAGCUGCUAAUCGAUCCUCCAAGCAAGUUCCAUCUAACACACAAAAACCACGAGAAAGUGAAUCUGACUCCCCUGGCUCUUUUCCUGCGAAGAGAGAUAAGCAACUACCGAGUGGAAAAAGUGAGCCAGCUGGGAUUUGACAGAAUAGCUGCCAUCAAGCUAAGAUCAGCCAAGGGCUCUGUUCUUCUGAUCGUAGAAAUGUAUGCAAAUGGAAAUAUAAUACUGGCAGAUGAAAACUUAAAAAUAAUAAACUUGCUAAGGCCGGUUGCACACCUGGGCGUGGUGAAGGACGGGAUGUAUUUAGUAAACAACCCUGAGCUUGUGCUGGAUAUCGAGAGAUUCGCGUAUGUCACCGGAGACACGCUAAAAAAGAAAAUCUCAAACUUUUUGUCGCUCUCUGGAAGGGUGGUGGAUGACACAGUGCAGCAGAUGGAAGAAUACUUCAGCAAGAAAAUGAAAAUGAGCAUUCCUCUGAAACUGGAAGAUUUUGAAAAAGAAGUAGAGAAGAGAUCGGAUGAGUUUAUAAGCCAUUUCAACGCCUUCUUUGGUUCCAUCUUUGAGAAGCUGACUACAGUGGGAGACUACGGAGCUGUGUACUACCAAGAUGGAAAGCCAACAAUGUUCUCUCCGUGGAAGGAAAUGCACCCUGCAAAGGGCCAGGAAGUGAAAGAGUUCAAAGGCUUUGGAGAGGCCAUGGAUGCAGCAUUCCUCGUGGUAGAAGUGCAGGAGACAGCAGCCCAGAAGAAGAACAGAAAGAUAAGGGAGGCGCAGGAGAGAGACCUGCGCAAGAAAAUAGAAGAGAUGACUAUAUUGAAAACAAAAGCAGAAAUACUAACAGAGAAUCAGCAGGAUGUAAAAGAUGUUCUUGCGGUUAUAGAGACAGCCCAGACAUCAAAUCUGUCGGAGAAAGAGUUCAAGAGGUUCCAGGAGACAGAGAAAGAAAGGAACAAAAUAGCACGGAUAAUAAAAAAAGUAGACUUUGCCAAAAAAACAGUUGAGCUGUCGCUCGACAUGAAAGAGAUAACAAUAGACUACAACAGAUCGCUAUUUGAGCAGAUAAACUCGUUCUACCAGCAGGCAAAGAAGAUAGAAGAAAAGUCGAAAAAAACAAGAAUAGCGCUUGCAGAAAGCCAGAACAAGGCGGUUGAAAUAAAAAGUAAAAUACAGAAAAUAGAAAAGAUCGAAAGAGCCAGCUUCUGGUUUGAGAAGUUCAGGUGGCUUGUAACGAAAGACUCCGAUCUAAUCAUAGCAGGAAGAGACUCAAAACAGAACGAAAUACUGGUAAAGAAGCACCUGAAGGACACCGACUACUAUUUCCACGCAGACAUAAAGGGAGGAUCCAGCGUGAUAGUUGGAGAGAACGCAACAGACCUGACAAAAGAAAUAGCUGCAUCGAUGGCCAUGCACCUUUCUAAGGCAUGGGAGAACAACCUCAUCACAGAAGUGUACUCAGUAAGAGGACACCAGGUGAGCAAAACAGCGCCAGCAGGAGAGCAUUUGACACACGGAAGUUUUAUGAUAACGGGGAAAAAAGAGUUCUACAACCCCACAAAGCUGGAGUAUGGAUUUUCAAUACUUUACAAAAUAAAAGACAUCCCAAUCGAAGUAUCAGAGGACACAAGAAGAGUGGAAGGGUUUGCAGCAGAGCCUGCAGAAAGUGACGACGUUGAGUACGCAGUUGGAAUGUCAGGGCCGUACAAGUAUCUGGAAGGAAAGAAGUACAGAAUGCUCCCAGGAUCAGCCAAAAAAGGGAUGGUAAUAAAAGAGCUGCUGGCUAUAGCAGAGCAGGAAGCCCCAAGACACCUGAAGUUCAUAAAGAACAUAACAGAAAAAGAGAUGGAGCUAACGGUAAUAGGAAACUCAAAACUAUCGCAGUCAGAAAUCGUAAAAAGAGGAGAGAAGUCUUUAUUCGCCAGAAAAAUAAAAAAAAAGAAAAACAAGAACAAGAGUAAAAGCGACGAUGACGACUAA